CUUCAAGUGUCGCUUUAAAAGCCGGUGGACACAAGGGCGUGGGAGAAUAGUAACAGGCUACUGUCUUUGGGCGCAUGGUGCAAAAAAAGGGCCACCUGCCAUAAUGUGGUCUGUGUUUUUUGUAUUCCUGUCUUACCUGGACAGAAACUUUGUCAAAGGAGAAUUCUUAAGCUACUCUCUAGAUGGAGAAAAAGAGGCAAAGGCAAUGUUUCUCAUGCUCAACAGCACAUUCUGUGCUAAAAUGUCUGUAAUAGGAGAGAAUUACCUUUACCAAGUAUCGGAUGGAGUUGAAGAGGUGCGUUCCGUGCGUGACCCAGCCGGAAAACUCGUGGACUGCUCGGUGACAGUGAACCAAAUGCAGGUGAAGUCUUUCAUGCAUAUUUGCAGAUUGGGACUGAAGGAUAAAACAACCAAAUUAGAAAAUUUCAAAACGAGUUUUGCUCACUUGGCGGAUGCCAAAGCCAACUGUGAAGAGUUUCAGAGGAAAACGGAGCGCAAGAGAGUCAUCAAAAAUAUGAACGCACAUCCGAUACAGGAACAAAAAGAUGAGAGAGUGACUUCUGCCUCCAAUAAAGACAAGGUGUUAAGCAGAUCCAAGCGAGGAUUUACUUAUCCAGGGACACUGUGGUGCGGUGCAGGCAACAUCGCCGAUGAUGUUAAUCAACUGGGGGUAUUCGCUGAGACCGACAGUUGUUGCCGUGUUCAUGACCAUUGCCCCCAUGUCAUCCAUGCGUUCUCAUCAAAAUAUGGCUACACUAAUUUCAAGUGGCUUUCCAUUUCUCACUGUGACUGCGAUAAUGCGAUGAAGGACUGUCUGAGGAAAGUGAAUGACUCCUCAUCCAGGGUGGUGGGACAGGCUUUCUUCAAUGUCAUGGAGGUACCCUGCUUUGAGUUCAUGUAUGAGGAGCAAUGUGUUGAGAGGCACUGGUAUGGCAUGUGUAAAAAGUAUGAGAAGAUGCCUGUUGCAGUGGCAAAAGAGUCCAUUCCAUACGACUUUGGAGGCAUUGACGUUAUUGACGUAUUGACCUUGGCUCCUCCUAAACAGAAAGAGUCCAAUAAAUCAGGACAAGAGCAGGACGGACCGGAGGGUCCAACAGAGCCUCCGAUGUCAGGAUCCCAGACCACGGGUCCUGAGGAACCAUCUCUUAGUAACGUGGUCACGGCCGCAGAGGACUUCAUCAAAGUGCUCGCUACUGUGUCCACAUCUCAAAGUUCGACCACUGAAGCUGCCAAAGGAGAGGCGCAGUCCUCUGAGAAGAAGAAGAAAAAGAAUUCAGAGAAAAAGAAAAACAAAAAAAAGAAGGCUAAGGGGAGAGGGAGAAAGAGAAAGCAGAGGGUUGAAUCAAUCUCCAAAGCCGAGGAGGCAGCCCCAGGUACACCUACUAGCAGCAAGGCAGAGGAGGUCAAUAAUAAGAGUAACUUUGUUGAUGAGCCAAGUAAAGUUGUUCAGUUUAACAAGAACAUAAAUUAUUUGAUAGAUCUAGGGGGUAAAGAGGAGCCGUCCAAUGAUGUUAUGAAAGAUCAACCAAUGACAGAUGAGGAAAAUGCCUCAAUCACUACCUCCGUCUACGCAAACAGUCCUGUGAAGGAGCAGAAGCUGGAUACCCAAGCCCACACAGAGAAAAAGCAAACAGAACUCCUCUCUGUGACAAUCAGCAUCCCCACAACUAUGCAACAGAAGAGGUUGAGGCCAAGAAAAGGGAAGAAAAAACCCAACCACAUAUCUCCAACUUUUCCUCCAGAACAAGCUACCACCCACAAUGCCGUUGACCAGGAACUCCUGGUCAAGACCACAGACACUUCAGUUGUCCAGAGCAGCACUGCAACGAUCCCCUCAGAGCAUCCGGAGCAACAAAGGUUGGGACCCACCACAAUCCCUGCCCGCACUCCCAUUGUGGCUCCCCUCAAAAGAAAAAGACACAGGUCAAAAGAGAGAAAAAACAGAAAUAAAAGAAGGAAAAUCACCUCCUCUUCUCCUAUUGAGGAGGCUGCGGCUCAGCAUUCCACUAAAGAUGAGUUUAGAGAGAUUACAGGCAGCCCAACUACCACUACUGUUAAAAUGGCAAUGGACCUUGAGUCUCACAGACCAGAAAAUGAUAGUGAUAUGUCACCCUUAACUACCUCAACUAGUGCUACUACUACUGCUAGUACCUCUACUGCUGCAACUAUUGCUACAACUCGUGCUACUACAACUGGUGCUGCUUCCUCUACCACAACAGCUGCAACCUCUACUUUGAAUGCCCACCAAAACAAAAGGCAACGAUCAAAAGAGCGAGAGGGGAGAAAAAGAAGGAAAAAACUUGUACUCCCCCUUUUGGCUGACGCCACAUCUCCCCAGAGCGCUUCUGAAGAAACCAUGUCAGUGCUGUCUGCUACUGACAGCCCUACUGCGUUGACCGUUCCUCCCACGUCCACCAUGGGGCUGGUCGCCGUGGAGAUGGACGGUAACCGCGGGCGUCCCACUACCACGGCUGGAACUCUCGUUGUCACUGCAGGAGGACACGGGUCAAGAGAGGGAGAGCGCAAAAAAAGAAGGCAAAAAAACAGUCCAGCUGUUUAUAACGAAGGCGUUACACCUCAUAAUGACAAUGAAACUGAUCCUAGAACAAAGACGACUGCAAGGCUGAGACUCCAAACGAUGCCUUCUGAAGUUGCUGAGAUUGAAGAGUUGAAAGAUGGCAUUGAGCAGGUACUCUACACUGCACAGCUCAGCACACCUUCCAUGAGCCUCAUCCAAUCCAUUUUACAGAAGGCUGAAGAGCAACUAGGUUGGAAGAGAAGAAGAAAAACAAGGCUUUCUGACAAACAGCCCUGAAACUAUACUUAACAUGCUGCUAGCAUAGAACGAUAGACUGCAUUGCCAUCUUAUAUGACCAGUUGAUCUAUUGACUAGGAAAAGUUGCAAUGCUGACUAGUUGUUUUAUCUGUGAUAUUUGACAAAUCAACAUUAUAGCCAUUUUUCACAGUAAUCAUAUCAACGUGAUUGGGGGGGGGGGGGGGGGGGAUC